AUGGCAUUCUUGAGUGCUUGCGAAACAGCCAAAGGUGACUUCAAUCAGCCUGAUCAGGUGGUCCAUCUCGCCGCCGCCAUGUUCUUCGCGGGAUUCAAAAGCGUCAUCGCUACGCUCUGGUCCAUGGCGGACGCGGACGGGCCAGAGAUAGCUCGGUCUAUAUAUCAGAACAUAUUCAGCAGCGAAUCAGAUCACAUCGAUCCCGAUGAUAUCGCGUAUGCCCUCGACGAGGCCGUCACGAAACUGCGAACCGUCCAGCCUGAGCCGCUCCGAUGGGCACCGUAUAUACACCUAGGGAUUUGA